AUGUCCGGUGAUCGUACGGCAGGUGUUUGCGGACGCGAUGCUCGAAGUGCGGCCGAGGCAGCCGAGGCAGUCCGCAUCCUCGGCAAGAGCAUCGCCGACAUGAGCAGCUUCGACCGUGCUCAGCUGCUGACACGUGUUGACGCCGCGUGCCUGCGACUGGAGCGGCAGAUCCAGGAACGCGCAGAAACGCUGGUAGUCCCUACGGAAGAAGGCUCGCAGAAAGGAUGGUGGCACGAUCUCACCGGACUGGGCGAAAAUGAAAACGCGGGGAAUCCAGUCCGGGAUGGAUCGGGAGAAAAGGUGCAAAACGGAGGAGCUCUGGGCUCAAGAGAAGAAGGAAACGGCAUCUUGAAGGAUGGAAGGGGGGAAGGGUUGGGAGAUCCGGGGUCGAGAACGUCAGAAGAGGGAGGGGAAAGGAGGCUAGUCGACCGAGGGGGCUGGAGUUCAAAAGACGGAACGGGGGCCGAUUCACGAGAGGGCGAAGCCGAGAGCGGCGGACAAGGUAUCUUAAAAGCAAAUUUGGGCGCCCAAUCAAUGAAAGGAAUAGUUGAAGGCGCUCCGGAAAGUUUGACGGAAGCUGCUCUUGGUGCUGACGUCAUAAGAGAGGCCCAAAAGCAGUGGAACAGCGCCGACGCGUCAGCUUACGGGUCCGUGGAAGGAAGUUCAAAAAGCGCGGACGAUGCGCGGAGCGUUUUCGAAAGUGAAUGGGAGGAUGUACCGGGGGGGCGGAGCGAGGUGCACGUGGGUGACUUGUGGAAGGACACGUGUCUAAGGAAGUUGUGCAAAAGGCGGUGCUCCGAGCGGAGCACGCGUGUGCGGCGCGGCGGUCGGCCUCUGCUGCGGACAUUCUCGUGCGAGCGCGCGGACUCUUUGGGCGUCGAAACCUUCUCGAUCCUCGUCGGGGGAACUUUGGACAACGGAGGAAGCGACGUACCUGCACAUAACUUGUUUCGUUCUGCAGAAUAUGCAACGCAUGCUGACGUUGGCUAUCCUUGUAAAGACGUCGAGUCCUCUUUUCAACAGCAAGAGGCUGGCGAAAUCAUUGAAAGUGCACAUCAUGACGGGUUGGGUCAGCGACAACUCAGUGUUGAUUUGGACGAUGUCGGUGGAGUUGCGGUCCUGCAGUCCGUCACCUUUGCGUGCCUAUUGGUUGAGUUUGUUGCCCGGUUGGCGCCUUUGGCCGGGUCGGUGGAACAGCUGAGCAUCAAGGCGGAAUUCACGGCGGAAGGCCGGAACGCGGCCAACAGUUCGGACGACAGAACUCGGGAAACAACCUUUGUGGGAAAAGGGUUGAAAAUCGAUGAAUGAACGGGACACGGAAGACGACCUUAUAUCAGAUUUCCAUAGCAAAUGUGUUCUACAUCGGUGAUAGUCGUGACAUCAAUUGACCAAAGUCAAUUUGUAGAACCUCUUUUUAUAGGCGCCGAGCGAGCGCGCUUGGGGGCCACCGUUGAUAGACUGAACAGCGUCAGCCUGGCAGUGCCGGAAAGUUACGAUCAUUGGUUGAUUCUGCUCUGUACGUAAUUUUGGAAAAUCAGUAUGCCUAUUUUAGAUUUCGACGAUAGCCGUAGCGUGAACGGGCUGACUGCCGAUCUCUGUGCGCGGUAGUCUACGAGUACCCCUCGCUGUAGAAUUCAUAUAUGAAGCUUAUAUACUUGCCAGGCCCACUGGUGAUGUACUAUAGUUGUGACCUUAGCAACAUGCCGUGGUAUUAUCAAUCAGUAUUCACGAA